AUGGACCUUGAACUUACAUUAGCUAUGGAAAAUGGUGAAUACAAAAGUCAACAACGACGUAAUUCAAGAAACAACAAUUUACGUAAACAAACAGUUGUUAACCUUGCGAAAGAACUAUCGCCUUAUUUAAUUACAGAAGCAACAACUGAACCUGCUAAUCAAUUUUCAAAUAAUCAUCUAGCGUGUUCAUGUGAAAGCAUAGUACCACAUAAUAUUGAUGAUAAUAAUGAUCAUAAUAUAGAUAUUGAUUUUGAUCUAGUAGAAAAUGAAAGUGAUGAAUCAGAUACUGAUGAUAUGAUUUAUAAUCAAGCAAAUGAUGAUUUGACUUCAUUCCAUAAAAAUUGUCUUACAGAACCUGAUCAAAAUUCAGCACUUCUCCAUCAGUACACCCAUGUUACGCAAAAUGAAUUUUGUACAAAUCUUCUGCAUCUUUUGCGUCAAGCAAAUAUAUCCAAAUACAUUCAGCAAAGAUCUUGA